GGCUGGUGGAAGGUGGUUUAGUGGCGGUCGAAGCACCGUGCCGGCCGGUCGUCCACGCCGUUUAAUACACUUCUGUUGUGCAAGAUAUCGAAAUGUUGACUAUCGCUUCGGUCCUGUUUAUUCUGCACUUUGUUGGUGCUGAAAUACCACCUUACAUCAAAAUAUGCCAUCGAGAUGACCCCAAUGUGGACAAGUGUAUUAUGAAUUCUAUAGAGGAAUUAAGACCCAAACUCAAAAAGGGUAUUCCAGAGCUGGAUGUGCCUGGGAUAGAACCUUUGAGCUUGGGUCAGAUCGCACUCGCCAGGGGACCGCAAGGUGCCAAGUUAACGGCGGUGGUCAACGAUGUCAAGGUCCGGGGUCCCAGCAACUUUAAAAUAACCGAAUUGAAAUCUGAUUUGAAUAGGAACAGAUUUGAUUUCAAGCUGCUGCUACCGAAAUUAGAAUUCGCGGGAAAAUAUAAAAUGGACAUUCAAGUGCUGCUCCUGCGUCUCCAAGGAAGAGGGAACAUUACAGGAUCUUUUAAGGACUACGCGUGCAACGUAUCAAUGAGAGGCCACAAAGAGACAAGGGAUGGCAAGGAGUAUCUAAAAUUUGAACCUAUGAAAGUGAAGCUGCGCGUUGGUGAUUCAUCAAUCUACCUGACAAAUCUCUUCGACGGAGAUCCAGUGUUGGGACCAGCUACCAACAGGGUUAUCAAUGAAAACUCCCAAGUCUUCCUCUCAGAAAUCAGCCCAGUAAUGGAAAAAAGUCUAGCCGACAUCUUUACAGAGAUAUCGAAUAAAAUAACAUCGAAGUUUACGUAUCAAGAAUUAUUCCCAUAAUUGUUAUUUAGUUGUAUGUGUGUUAUAAAAGUUUGUGAUAUGGUGAGUAUAAUUUCGUUUUUAGUUAAGUUUCUCAGGUCGAUUCGGACAUCUGUCGGUAUGAGAAUGAGAGUGAUAUCUGCGGAGUCUUAUUGAUUAGCCACUGAGACCGAAUUGGCUUGAGGAUUUUUUUAAGAUUAGAUUAGAGAUUUUUGUGUAUAUUAUAUAUAAUAAAAGACUAAGACUUGUUCUGUUUACAAUUUACAAACUUUAAAAAUAUAUUUUCUGGGUUAAAACGUCUUCUAUGAUUGAGAAAACUAAGCUCCUAUAUUUAUAUGCAAUGAGUACACUUGUGCGUAUAGUUAUUUUUAAACACAUAUAAUAUAAAUACCUUCGUUUUAUAGUAACACUACUAAUUAUUAUAUUUUUUUAAAGUUAUAAGAAAAUCUGGCGUGAUCAUAAAUUUGCUUUGUAUAAUAUAUGGAAAUUUGUUCAUUAGCUUGUACUCAAACUCAAUAAACUUUUUAACUUAAAAACAUAAUUCUGCAGAACGUACUUUAGCAGCAAUCUGAGUACUAUACAGCACAUUCAACUAUGAAAUCGAAUGCCCGUCUUAUUAGGCAUUAAAACCACUACAUAAGACUCAUAAAAAUUAUCGCUUAUGGAUUUUUGUAUUAAAUCCUUAACCAAAUUUUUAUAUUAAGAUUUUGAUAAUUAGCCAAAACCGUGAUAAAUUUGUAAAUAUUAAAAUUGUAAGUAAUAUAGUUGCGGUGAUUUGUACUGAUUUAAUUAUAAUUAUCUUAAAAUUA